UUUGAGGAAGGUCCAUACGUGUUCCCAAACGCGCCUUGGGGUGUCCUAAUCCCACCCCACAUUGACGACGCUCACAGUCCAUUACCAGGGUGGAUAAUUGACUCCCUCAAGGCAGUGAAGUACAUAGAUUCAGACCAUUUCCAUGUCCCAGAGGGAAAACGAGCCAUUGAACUUGUUGGUGGCAAAGAAAGUUCCAUAGCACAAAUAGUCCGCACAGAACCAGGCAAGGAAUAUGUCCUCACCUUUGCUGUAGGAGACGCUAAGAACUCUUGUGUGGGCAGUUUGGGGAUAGAGGCUUUCGCAGGAAACGGCACAACCAAAGUUGUUUAUGUAUCCACGGGCAGCGGAGGCUUCAAACGUGCGAAGCUUCGGUUUAAGGCGACACAAUGGCGCACACGAGUCAUGUUCUUCAGCACGUUUUACACCAUGACCAGUGACAAUUCUGGUACUCUCUGUGGACCUACGUUGGACGAUGUGAAGUUGAUCAGCGUUCGCACUCCUCCGCGAACACGACGUGCUUAAGCAAUGAACAAAAGAAAAAAUUGUGUUUGAUUAUCCUUUUAGCUUUUACUACAUACUUGUAGUUUGUUGUAAUAGAAGCAAGCUGAGAUCAUGCGUAAUGUGAGUCUUUUUUACG